UUUGAACAAAGUGGUCGAGAGGAGGACUUGUGUUUUCAGUUCUUUUAUUUUUAACGGUUUGUUGACAAUAAUUUAUAGACGUUAAUCUUAUUUGAACUAAAUAGUGUGUGAACAUUGAUGCUAUUGUUGUUGUGGAUUGCUAAGUGAAUUGUAAACAAUGGCGACGCAGCCAGAAGUCGGUGUGUCCGACUUCGUCCUACUGGACAAUUUGACCACCGAUACCUUUAUAGAAAAUUUGCAUUUGAGGUUUCAACACAACAAAAUCUACACGUAUAUCGGCGAAGUACUAGUAUCAGUGAACCCUUACAAGACCCUGGACAUCUACAGUAUGCAGCAUAUGGCACAGUACAGGGGACGGGAGAUGUUCGAAGUCACUCCUCACGUGUAUGCUGUGGCUGAUGCUUGUCAGAGGGUGUUGAGGCAACAGGGCAAAGACACUUGCGUGUUAAUAUCAGGCGAGUCAGGGUCCGGCAAGACAGAGGCGUCCAAGUUCAUAAUGAAGUACAUAGCAGCAAACACAACACAAGUCCACAGAGAUUAUAUUGAUAGGGUAAAAAACGUACUAAUCCAGUCAAAUUCCAUACUAGAAACGUUUGGUAACGCGAAAACGAAUCGAAACGGCAACUCGUCCCGUUUCGGCAAGUACAUGGACAUACACUUUGACUACAAAGGUGACCCUGUGGGAGGUCACAUCAGUAAUUACUUGUUGGAGAAGAGUCGGGUGGUCUCCUUGCAACCAGGAGAGAGGAAUUUCCAUGCCUUCUAUCAGCUGCUAAGUACAAACAACGCGACAACAAAGAAGUUCGGGCUCGCCUCCAGUGCAGUAUACAAGAUACUCGGCAGCGAGCGAGCGACGGCGCAGGACUCCAAACUGUUCUCCGUCACGAAUAGUGCUUUCGACGCCCUCAGCUUCUCGCAGUCGGUCGUUGAGGAUAUAUGGAGUAUUGUGGCGGGAGUUAUAUUGUUGGGCGAGCUAACCUUCACAGAAACGCCAGACGGCCAGCUCAGCAUAGGAGGUCCACUCACACAGUGCACCAACGCUCUCGGAGUAUCAGAGCAAGCUCUCCGGUCCUCUAUGGCCGGCAGGGUCCUGUCUGCUGGAGGAGACCUGGUGAACAAGGAGCACUCUCUGAUGGAUGCUAAUUAUACGAGGCUGGCUCUUGCGAAGGCAGCUUAUGAUAGGCUGUUUACGUGGAUUGUACAACAGAUAAACAAAGCGAUCGACGUCCCGUCGGGCACGUACAAGAGCACGCUAAUAGGAGUGCUGGACAUCUACGGCUUCGAGAUCUUCGAAACCAACAGCUUCGAGCAGUUCUGCAUCAACUACUGCAAUGAGAAACUGCAGCAGCUGUUCAUUGAGCUGGUACUAAAGCAGGAGCAAGAAGAAUACGCUCGCGAGGGCAUCCAGUGGACGCCCAUCAAGUACUUCAACAACCGCGUCAUCUGCGAGCUGGUGGACGCGCCGCAUCAGGGACUCAUCGCCAUCAUGGAUGAGGCCUGUCUCAAUCCUACUAAGAUAUCCGACACGCAACUGCUCGAAGCGAUGGACAGACGACUGAACGGACACAAGCACUACACGUCGCGACAACUCGCGCCUACAGACAAGAAGCUCAAACAUGGCGUCGAUUUCAGAAUCACUCACUACGCGGGCGAGGUGACGUACGCGAUCACGGGCUUCAUGGACAAGAACAAGGACUCGCUGUGGCAGGACCUCAAGCGUCUGCUGCACUCCUCCGACAACCGCUCCCUCGCAGACAUGUGGCCCGAGGGGGGGACUAAUAUACAGAAGACGUCGAAGCGUCCCCCAUCAGCCGCGACGCUGUUCCGCAACUCGAUGUCUGCGCUGGUGACAGGGCUGCAGAGCAAGGAGCCCUUCUACGUGCGCUGCGUCAAGCCCAACCCGCACCAGGCGCCCAAUACAUGGGAUGAACAACUCGUCCGUCACCAAGUCGCCUACCUAGGUCUAGUCGAGAACGUCCGCGUCCGUCGUGCCGGGUUCGCUUCCCGGCAGCGGUACGACCGGUUCCUCAAGCGGUACAAGAUGCUCUCCCAGUAUACCUGGCCCAACUUCCGUGGCAGCAAUGACAAGGAUGCUGUCAUGGUGUUGCUGAGAGAUUUGCAUGUCAGUGAUGUCCAGUUUGGACAUACUAAGCUGUUUAUUAGGAGUGCAAAAACCCUCCACGGUCUAGAAGCAGCUAGAGCGGAACUGAUACCUUCCAUAGUGAUUCUGCUGCAGAAACUGUGGCGCGGCACCCUCGCCCGCAUGCGGUACAAGAAGAUGAAGGCUGCGGUCACUAUAUAUAAUGCUUGGAAACGUUACCGCGUCCGUCGCUACAUCGCGGAACUACAAACAGAACUCCAACGCAACCGCGGCGUCAUCCGCCAGUGGCCCCCCGCCCCGCGCCGCCUGCCCGCGCCGCUGCUGCAGGCCGCCUACCGGCGCUGGCGGGCCUACCUCACGCUCAAGCCCAUACCGCGGGCCCAGUGGCCGCAGCUCAAGAUGAAGAUAUGUGCCGCUAGUGCUCUGAGGGGCAGGAGGACGCAUUGGGGACAGGAUCGACAGUGGAUCGGGGAUUAUUUGGCGGAUAGUAGUUAUAAUUCGAAGGCUGCUGCCUACCAAUCCCAGCUAGCCUCUCUCCAAAAGUCCCAACAAGUCGGGCGAGCGUUAUUCUCGUGCCGAGUGCACAAGUUCAACCGCUACAACAAGCUGGCUGAACGGUGCCUGCUCAUCACGGAGUCAGCUAUCUUCAAGCUGGACGCCAACACCUUCAAGCCGCUCAAGAAACCUACUGCUAUUACUGAGGUCGGCGCCAUCCGCAUAAUGAGUUCCGACGUGCAACUCGUGGUGAUCAGCAUCCCGUCCGCUAAGAACGACCUCGUGGUGGGCCUCGUGGCUCCCCAUAAUAAUCAGACGGGAGGCACCGCGGACCUCGUGGGGGAACUGCUGGGGGUACUCGUCAAUAGGUUUAAUAUGUUAACAGGCCAAGAGCUAUCAGUGGAAGUAGAAUCGGGAGCCACCACCCGCUGCAUCCUGGGCGGCAAGACUCGCGCACUGCAGCUGCCCGCCGCGCCGCCCUCGCCCGCCGCCGCCGCCGCCGCGCCCUUCACACACGCACACAACGUCAUCACCUACCAUCCCGCCUCCGCUAGGGCGUAGGGGGAAUGAAGGAGGAAGGUAGGUAUAAUCAUCGGCAAAGAUAUUGAGCCCUGACCUUCACCUGCGCAGAAGUCAUUUAUUGGUUUAUUGCCUUAAGUGUACAGUGCGCAAAGCGAUCCCCAUUCUUCCGCAGAGAGCUCAAUAUCCGUGCCGAUAACUAUAUUGUGGUGCUCGUGGUGUGUAUUAGGUGGUCAUCAUAUAAAACGAGCCGAGAAAAGAAAGAUAGGAGUUCAAAAAGUUGUUAAAUUAUUGUAAGUAAACUUGAACGGUCAAAUAACACUUGACGUAAUACAAUUGAGAACUUAAAUAUGUAAUGAUUAUAAUAUUGUAUAUGACUUAUUUCAAAUUAUGCUAAAGAGAGGACACAUAAGCAAACUUUGUAGACAAACAUUUAUGGGGACCUAUUAUGACGAGAUUGAACCUAAAUGGUUCGAAAAGGUGUAAAUUCACUCACAAAAGGUGCAAUGUCACGGAUAUUUUAGAAAUUUUCUUACGCAAUUUGUUGCAGUUUGAUAGAGCGAGUCCACCAGAAAAUAAAUUGGUGUACAUCAUAAUACCAUACGCCCGAGCCCGUGGAAUCUUGUCUAGCAACAUCAGAUGUUGCACAUAUAUGUUGCGCAACAUAACCUGUGACAUGUUGCGCAAUAUCAUGUGCAACGAUUUUGUUUAUUUAUUGAGAGGGAAACAGUAACGCCCGCUUUAUGUAAUUUAUAUAAUUAUGUUGUGGAAACGGUAGUGACUUAUUAGAGUGAGAAGGCAUAGUUGUAGUUAUUCUAUUGAAUAGUCAAAUAGUAUAAAAUUUAGGACCGUGUACAUUAUUUAUAAAAAAAAAGAAAUAUACAGUUUUUAAUAUUGUUAGAACACAAAUUCGAUGCGCGAUUUUAGUAUUGCCAGUUUAAACCUUUAUGGUUAAUUGCGAGGCCUUAAAAUAUAAUAGCAACCCAGCUUUGCUCUUAAAUAAAUAAGAAAAUAUUUGAGCAUUCUUAAAAAUCGGUUUGAUACUUUUGGGAAAUAUAUACAAAAUAAAAUUUCUAUACAAUCCAAAAAACUUUGUUUAACUUUGUAGAACAUUAAAAUUAAAUGACUGAUAUCUGGCAUUUGGUAGUAAACUAGCGGCCUUAAAAGUUACGUAUAAAGAAGUAAGUUUAAGUAUGUACCUUAUUAACUUAUUCGACAAAUGUUAACGUUAGUUUUAAUUAGAAUGGUUAGUUGUUAUUUUUUUGUUUUGUGUGAUGAUGGCAACACUAUGAACUGUUGAUAGAUAAAUUAUUUUAUUGUUGUUGGUGAGCUAAGAUUUUCAAUAGAAAUUUUUGAAGUGAUAAAUAAAAUUGAGCAACAUUUAAUUAUGUUGCACCUUAAUACGUUAUGUUGCAACCAUUAUCUGGCUUAUAAUGUUGCCAUCAUCAAAUGAAUUAUAUAGUACGUGCCUUAAAUAUUAUGUUAAUUAUUAUUUUUUGAGGAUUUUUUUAUUAGAAUAUGAAGACAUCACAUUUUGUAAAUAGAUUUUGAAUAAUAAUAAUAACCGCGCACUUUUACAUAAUUAUGAAAUAAUAAAAAAUGUACAGUUGGUAAAUAAUGUUGAACAUUAAAUGUGCUAAUAUGGUAAUAUAGUAAAUUGUUACUUAUAGUUGCUUGGUUACAAUUUAUGAAAUAGGGGGGUUAUUUAAAUUAUUUUGUUGAAAUUAUAGCUGGUACCUACAAUGAAAUAAUAUGUUGUUUUAAAUGGGGAUCUUAGCGCACAAAUAAAUAAUGAUUAGCUGAGCGAAAUAGAAGAUUUUAGUACUUAUUCCACUCGACCGACGUCAGUAAAGUGGUACUAUCGGAAACAUACCUAUUACCUGAGCUAAAGCUCUGAAUAUUUUCUAUUUGACCUUUUCCUUAUUAAAAUCUUCUAAAUCAUUGUAUUCAGAGAUGUAAGCCAAUUUAAGCUAUUACUCUGGGAAUUAUUUGCGCUUUUAUAGCGAAAUUAUAAAUAUUGCUAGUCGAUGUUUUUCUUAGUACGCGUUUGUUUAACGCGAGCUUACAGAAUAGAUCGAAAUUGCAUUUGUUUUUUUAUUAAAUCUUACUUUAAAUUACUAUUAUAAUAGCUACAUAAUUAUAAAAGGGUCUUGUAUAUAAGUUAUUUUACAUAUAACUUUAAAAUUAAUAGCAGAGACCUCGUAGAUUUUGAAAGUUCUAAGUGAUUUGCUGUUCCUGUCGCUCUGAAUGCCAUCUAUUGUACUGAAAUUGGAAAGUUACCAAAGUCAUUUAACACAGUCUUUACUAGCCUGGUAAAUAAAUGAAUACCUGAAAAUAAUAUUUUUACUAUGUGGCUAUUAUCAUAGUAAUUUAAAGCAAGAUUAAACAAUAAUGUGAUGAAAUAUAACGCACAGUGAUGUAUUUUAUUUAUUAAUUUAGUUCAGUAUUACGUUUAGCAUAGAAAUUAUGAGGUCAUGAUUAUUUGGGACAGAACUUUAACUAUCAAGAAUAACUUUAAAAACGAAAGCUACAAAAUUUGCCUAACCAUUAAUUGAACCUACAAUAUUGCCUAUGCGUAUCGGUGAUCUAGAUAAUCAAUUGACAAUAGCCCAAUGGCUAAAGUGUCGGCCUGGCUGUAAAUUAUUCGAUUCCCACCCAAUGCGCUUUUGACAUGAUUGCAAAUACUAAGUAAUAUACAACGCACAUGGAGAGUAAUAACAUACAAGACACAGAUCAUACGCUAAAAUGUAUACAAUAAUAUUUAUUUCUUUUUUAAAGUCUAAUAUGAAAUAUAAUAAAUUUAAAACAGUGGUUCGUAAUGCUAGUUAAAGUUCUGUCACUAAUAGUUUUAAAAACAAAAAGCCUUGAAAUGUUAACAGCGAGUUCUUCUAGUUAUAUGUAUAUAGAUGUUAUCGAGUGAUGGACGUGCCUUGUCGUGGUGCCAUGAGAUUCGCAACGUGUUGAAUUAAAUCAUUUUACACUUUA